ACUUUGUGAAAAUUAAUAUUUGUGUCAUUCUCAAAACUUUUGGCCACAACUGUACAUAACCCUGGAUCUCACGUUCACAAUCCACAACACUAUUCCUUGGAUCUUACAUUCAGAAUGUAUAUUUCAUGUUUGCAGUCACACAUUUGGUCCAUGUUGAAAUAUAUUUUAUUUUGAUAGAGAAUUUCUGCAAUUCAACCAUCAAGGAUGGAUUCUCCUUCCCAAGAACAAUGGUUGGCUGGUCUGCUUAUUCAGAAGAGUUAUGUGAUGAGAAGACAACCAGUGAAGCCUCAGCAAGAUGUUUGAAUGACACUGGAUCUCUGAUGUUCGGUUCUCCUCACAAGCUGCAGUGUGAAUUUACCCUCAUUGACAUUCAAGAAAAUAUCUCCAGCAGUCCAGGUGAUUUACUACAGUUAGCCGUCAGUACUCAGAUCCUGACCUCCCAACCAGAGCAGCUGUCAGCUGACAACAUCACCACAGCAGCUCAGAUAGCUAACACACUGCUUCAGUCUGCAAAUAUCACAGAGGACAUCGCAGUGGCAGCUGUAACUACCAUCAGUCAGCUGCUGAAUGCCAGUGAGGAGAGUACACAGGAGAGAGACGCUGUCCAAAACCUCACAGAGACCCUGGAGAUGUUUUCCCUGGACCAGCACAAUAAUGUGUCCUUGGUGGUUCAGCCCAACCUGGUAGUCCAGUCUGUCCAAGUACCAAGUGACUCAGUAGGGAUCCAGUUUACUGCUCUGACUGGAAGUUCUGGCAAUUUUGUGGCUAACGGAAUUAACGUCAACACUAAUACCUCUGAACUGAUAGCUGACAAAGGAGGUUCUACCGAUGUCCAGAUUGUUAUGAAAUUCCCACCAGUUUUGCAUAGUAACAACACAAACCACUCCAUUGGUUUUGUGCUCUACCAAAACGACCGGUUCUUCAGGUCCAGGGCUUUCAGUGCUUCUUCAGGGACCAGCAGAACGGUCAUCUCUGCUAACCUGGGACAAGUGUCUGGGUUACAUGUUGAGAUGCUCUUCAAGCCUACAGCUGUUCCCAACGCCUCCCUCUAUGACUUUGCCUGCGUGUCAUGGAACUACACGUUGAAAGACUGGAGCACCUAUGGCUGCUCCAAAGUCAACCACUCAGAAGACGGCCUGCGAUGUUUCUGUAAUCACACCACUAACUUCGCUGUGCUGAUGUCGUUCAGGAGGGAUUUUAAAUACGCUGAAGCGCUAAACUGGAUCACCAUAUUGGGAUGCUCCAUGUCCAUCAUAGGGUUGAGUUUAACAAUAACAUUCCAGAUCGCAACCAGGAAAUCACGCAAAACCAACCCAACGGUCCUCUUAGUGAGCGUCUGCGUGUGUCUCCUGAUCUUCACCCUCCUCUUCAUGUUGGGAGUGGACAACCCUCAUAAACAGCUGGACAAACCUGAAAUACUCGAGGACAACGUUCUCCCCCUGUCCGACACACACACAGAGCGGGACAGAGGGCCCUGUACUGUAGUGGCGGUCCUGCUGCAGUACUUCCUGUUGGGGACGUUCACCUGGAACACGCUGUACGCCACACAUGUCUUCCUGAUGAUCAGAAACAGCCUGGCCACCAGCCCGUCAGACUUCACAGCCUAUACCGUGGCCAUCGGAUGGGGACUGCCUGCGGUUGUGGUGGCUCUCACCUUAGGAAUUAGUUACAGAGUGGAUGAUCCACUGGGUUACAGGCAGGAGGAAUUUUGCUGGCUUGCUGCCCUCGAUCCAAAGGGGAACUUUGACUUCAAGCUGCCAAUGUUUUGGGGGUUUCUGAUCCCUGUGGCGUUCAUGCUUAUCUUCAACACGGUGAUGUUGAUAUAUUUUGCAGUUACAACAUGCAAGACCAACCCACAUUUAACCAGUACAAGACACACAUCGAUGAAGAAGAAGUUCCUCAGUAGCUUUUCUCUGGCUGUUGUGCUUGGUCUCUCCUGGAUCCUGGGCUAUCUGUUGCUCAUUACACAGAACGAGACCAUGUACACCAUACUCAACAUCUCCUUCUGUGUACUCACCACCACUCAGGGCUUGCAGAUUUUCAUUCUGUUCACAGCAAGAACAGCAAUUGUCAAGAAAAAGAUGUCAAGUGCUAUGAAUUCUGUCUCUAGCGCUGGGAUCCCUCUUCACACUAGGAAGUUCAGUCUAUGGCGAGGAAAGCACAGUGAUCAAGUAGAAUCAUACACACAGCAGGACACUGUGUCAUUUCCACCUUGUUCCUCACAGACAUCUAACUCAUGGGCUGCAGGUUCAACCUGUUGUAAAACUUCUCCUCUUGUACUAUAAUAUACAAUAUACUGCACACAAUUUUGUAUCCACGUAGAGUACAUUUACUGUGAAGACUAGUCCCUCAGAAGUUGUCCAAUGUUUUUUUGAAUAAAAGUGUUCAAUAAUUAUGUGAUUGUCUUUUAAGCUAAUGUUUGUUUUAGUUUUCUUAGUGAGAAAAACACAAUUUUACACAAUAUCUCAGAAAAUAGCUUAAGACAGUGUAUCCCAGGGGUGUCAAAAUAAUUUCCCCUGCCGGCCACAUUUGGUCAUUACCAAGGUCAGAUGGGACGCACUUAAAAUUGAUUAAGAAGCUUCUGCUCCAUCUGCCUGUUCAGCACAGGCUGCAGCUGCCAAUUACAGGUAUGAAAGGCUGAGGAAGAAAACAGGCAUGUAAGAUGGAGGUAUGAAAGGCUGAAGACGGAAGCAGGCAUGUCAUAACCAUGAAAAAAAACAGGGCAGCUGGACAUUCUGGGGCAGCUUGAGAGCAAGGGCACUCACCUGGCAAGACAUCUGCAUCAUGGCAGGGCAGCGGAUUAAGCUUCUGCAUUGUACACAGAGCAAUGUUUUUUCCAUACCAACAAACCUUCACACGUGGGGGUUGGCAGUGUCAUGACAUGGACCUCUUUGGGUAUAGCGAGCACCAUCCCCCUCUCUCUCUCUCUCUUACCACCUCUCUCUCUUUCCCCUACACCCAGGCUCUGUUAGGCAGGUCAUAAAUUCCUAGAGGAGUUUCUCUCCUCAUGGCCAGAGUAUAGAGAGAGUGAGUUUCAAAGGAGAACAAAGGAACCUCUUCCACAUCACAGAACUUGACAACUGAAGAAUGUCCAUGUUUUGGAGAAUGUGUACACGGUUGGGGA